UGUGCCCGGUUCUAAGGAAGGAAGGAGUGGCAAGAGGGAAAAUGCAGACGGAGGAGGAGACGACCACCGCAGAAGAGCCCAUUUUGGAGGAAGGGUCAGGACGAGAGCAGCAACGGCCAGUCCAACAGUCUCUGGCCUCCUCUCUGUGUCGGGAGUCCCAUUGGAAGUGCCUCCUCCUGACCCUCCUCAUGUACGGCUGCUUUGCCACGCUCGCCUGGUGCGCUCUCUGUCGCGUACCCGUUCUCGGCUCCUCCUCCAUUCCCAUUGGUGCUGACGACGACGCCACCUCGGCAGCCUACUAUAAUGACAUCCUGCACUUGGAGAGUCCGUGCUCUAGCGGCUACGUCUACAUCCCCCUGGCCUUCCUGGCUAUGUUGUAUGUGGUUUACUUGGUGGAGUGCUGGCACUGCUUCUCCAAGACGGCAAUGUUGGCUCACGCAGAAUUCCAGGAAGUGUACGAGCGUGUGCAGAGACUUCAGCAGGCCACGCCCUGCAUUUGGUGGAAGGCCAUCAGCUAUCAUUACGUGAGGAGGACCAGACAGGUGACCAGAUACCGCAACGGAGAUGCAUAUACGACCACGCAGGUCUACCAUGAGCGGGUGAACACUCAUGCUUCCAGUUCAGAGUUUGACUACGCCCGCUAUGGUGUCAAAGACGUAUCAAAAGAGCUGCUGGACCUGCAGCUGCACCCUGCUGUUCGCCUCCGUUUCACCAAGUGUUUCAGCUUCUCAAGUGCACGAGCUGAAGCUGCCUACCUCACCCAGCGAGCGCGCUUCUUCGGGGAGAAUGAGGGGCUUGACGACUACAUGGAGGCCAGGGAGGGAAUGCACCUGAAGAACGUGGAUUUCCGUGAACACAUCCUGGCGUUCCCAGAUCCUGCGCAUCAGCCGUGGUUUUCUAGGCACAGGGUGUUCUGGCUGGCGUCUGCUUUCCUCCUGUCCUGGCCACUGAGGGUUGUGUCAGAAUAUCGCACAGCAUAUGUCCACUACCAUGUGGAGAAGCUGUUCGGGGAGGACGAGGAUAGUGGCGGAGGUGGUGGUGGAGGAGGGCCGGGUGGAAGAGGGGAUGGGGUUGAAGGAGGGACUGAGAAUGGAAUCCACCCGGGAGGAAUUGGGAUUGGAAUCGGUCUAAAUGGGACAAGUUACAGAGCAAUCUCUCGGGUCAACACGGUGGAUAUGACAGAAUUGGAGUGGCACAUCCGCUGUAACCAACAGAUGGUGCCAAGCUACUCUGAAGCCCUCCUAAUGGACAUGGACACAAGUGGGGGGUCCAACCCCACCGCCUCUACGCCCAUCUCUGGGCCUCCAUGCACCACCCCCAACCAGGGGACCAACCCGCCCCCCCUGGCUCUGCCUGUGGUGUUCAAUUCGGCUUACCUCCUCCAGAGCUGCCCCCGAUGCAGGAGGACCACGUCGAGUUCCAGUCUUCCCUCCAGGCUAAGGGCCCCGAUGGGAACCACAGCCCUCCUGAACGCUACCGUGGCAGGGAUCAGGGCAGCAGGGCCGGGAGGCGGGGGUAUAGGAGGAAGGCUGGUGCUCAGCCGGAGCGGAUUCUCUCUAGGGAGACUUGGAGGAGGGCGCCAGAACAGCCUGUUUCACUCAAGAAGCAUGGGAGGGGGGCUGGGAGGGAGUAGGGAAGAUGGAGGAGGAAGUGGAGGAGGAUUCCUAGGGUUAGGCUCGAGACAAGACAACGAGGAGACCAGAGGAGUGCUAGAAGGAGAAGGGGAUGACGACGAGGAAGAGGAGCAGGAGGAUGAGGUGAGAAGAAGGGAAGACAGGGGAAGAGGAGGCAGAGAGAGGGACGAAGAAGCGGAGCCGGACAGCGGAGGGGGAGGCGAGGGGAGGGAGGGCGACGGGGGAGGGAGGGAUCGUCCUCCAUCCUACCAGGACGCGUUCUUCUUUCCCGUCCUCAUUAUACACGGCGAGGAGAGCUGCCAUGCUGGAGACGACAUGUGA